GCUACAGACAACAGGGCUCGCGCAGGCAGCUCGCGGACAUGUGCAGGAUGUGAGAACCAGAACCAGAACCAGAACCAGACUGAGACCAUGUUUAACAUCAGAGUCCUGAUCCUGCUGCUGGUCCUGCUGCUGGGAAUACUGUUUGUCUACUUACAUCAUGAAUGGAGACCUACAAGUUUUAUUCCGCAGACCAACACACACCGAGACAGACUUUCAGCUGAAGUAACUGUCAAUCAAAUCUUCCACCUGGUGGCUCCUGAUCACCUGAAGUACAAGCAGCCGAGCAUCGUGCACGGUCGCACUGACGUGGUGACGCUGGCGCCCUGGUUGGCUCCGGUGAUUUGGGAGGGAACCUUUAACCCGGUUCUAUUGGACAGCAUCUACCAAUCAAAGAACAUCACCGUCGCUGCCACCGUCUUCGCUGUCGGAAAGUACAUCAGGUUCCUGAAGAAGUUCCUGGAGACGGCGGAGCGGUUCUUCUUCGUUGGUUUCAGAGUGAACAUCUACGUGUUCACCGACCGUCCGAAAGAGGUUCCACGAGUCCAGAUGUCUGCCGGCAGGAAGGUCGUGGUGCAUUCGGUGCCCAGCUCUGAUCGUUGGCAGGAGAUCUCCGCUCGCAGGAUGGAGCUGAUCCAGAAUCUGAUUGAGGAGGUUCAGAACAGCACUGAUUACAUCUUCUGUCUGGACGUUGACUCGGAGUUUCACGGCCGCUGGGGCAGCGAGUCUCUGGGGGGGCUGGUGGCAGUGAUCCAUCCAGGUUACUACAGAGAUGACCGCGGCAGGUUCCCCUACGAGCGCAGACCGGCGUCCAGAGCCUACGUGGCUGAUGGGGAGGGAGACUUCUACUACUGCGGGGGGGCAUUCGGGGGCCUCCUGCAGGAAGUGCACCUGCUCGCCAAAACCUGCCACCUAAAUUUCAAGGCUGACGCCGAGGAAGGUAUCGAGGCCGCCUGGCAGGAGGAGAGUCACCUGAACAGGUACAUGUGGAUCAACAAGCCCAGUAAGAUUCUGUCACCUGAGUAUCUGUGGCAGGACUUCAAACCCAGAAACCCAGAGAUCCACAUCAUCCGCUUCUCUGGAGUCGUCAAGAACUACGCCGACAUCCGUCCCAACGUCUGAGAGACCGGACUGAACCGGACUGAACCAGACUGAACUGGACUGGACAACACCUGUAUGCAUUAUUGAACACCUACCUGCCUCUCACAGCUGUGCUGCUCCGUGUUGAUUUUUAAUGAGCUGUGAGGAAACUUCAAGUCAGACACUGGAUCAUAAAUCUUGUUACAUUAUUUAAGUAAAAACUUUCUUUACCAGAAACUACAUGCUACAUUUUAUUAGCUCAGCGGCUAGUUAACGCUAGCUCAUAUUUUCUAUUCCAGAAUGUUUGUUCAUGUUGUUCCUUAAUAAAUGUUAAUAGUACAUAAAGAGCUGAUGAUGCAGCGUUUAGGGAAUCAUGUGACAGGAAGCUGCUCACCUGACCAAAGGUUUUACUACUAUGAACUAUUCAUUUAAAUAAAAUACAAAUUUCACUGAAAUUAUUAAUCAGUAAUCAACUAUUCUGAUAAUCAUGAUGUCGCGAUAAACUGAUUAUAAACUGAUAUUUAAUCAAUAAUCAAUAAUCAGAUUGAUCUGUUGAAGUUCCAGUCAGCAGGUCUGUAGGGACACCGUCCAAUCACGCCGAGCCUCAGGUGUGACAUCAUCAGACUCAGGUGUGACAUCAUCAGACUCAGGUGUGCUUUAAUCUAAUAAAGUAUUUUUGC